CGCGCCGCACAGUACCGCGCGACGCACACGCGCGCUCUGACGCGAUCGCGAACUCCGAUUCCCUUUUUGUUUAUUUUUCGCUUGCGUCCUUCGGACCGUUUUGUGUUUCCGAGGCAGCGAGACGAAGAAAAAAACGAGACGCGGAUGGAUCAAGCGACCGGAGAAGAUUGGUGCAGGCCGCCCGGAUAGCAUCGGCCAACAUCAAGACCCAGCAACAACAACAACCAAACACGACUACAAACCAAAGCCUCCAGUCAUAUCUUUCGUUUCGAAAACUAAAUAUAUAAGCACUAUUUUUUUAACCUUUUAACGAUACAACAAUCGUACAUAGUAUACGCUAUUCCCAAACAGUACAAAUUAAUUUAAGUCUGAGUGAUCGGUAUUUAUAAGAAGCCUUCGAACAAGCGAAAGAGAAUCUAUCAACGACCAGUAUUUAAACGUUCCAAAAUAAUAAUCGUUAAACGAGUGCACAAAAUAAUUUAUCGACCGUUAAAUUUAAACGAACCAAUUCCUCGAGCAUUUUCUAAAAGUCAGCCAAAGAUUUUAUAAACCCUUAGUCAUAAGACUCUUAAGUUAACUGCCCGUUGUUAAGGACUUUUUACAUUAUUUAUUUCGUAGUGGGCAAACGAAGUUAUUGUGAUUAGUGUAGUGUAAACCAGUGUGCCGUAUAAUCGUAUUUUAAGUGCAAAGAUAGCAGACUGACUUCACAAGUCGCGGUUUCAGAGUACAAAUAACAAGUUCCAGUGCAGUUCCGAGUGUUCAGUACAAGUUAGACUUAGUAGAGGUUAUUUUUGUAUGCGUGGUGCGUGCGAGGGCGCGAUGAAGAAGCGCUCCAGGCGAGCGUCAUGAGCGAAGCGCUUCGCAGCGAGGCGGGUGACGCGCACCUGCCGCCCUUCUCCACCUUCGGCGACAUGGCCGACGAGCAGCGCAUCCUGGCCGCCGACACGCGCCUGCUCGACCCCGGCUGGGAGUACUACGAACGGCACGGCGACACCGUCUCCGUCAUCGCCAGCCAGCCCCAGUACCGCCCCUGGGAGUCCAUGCCCAUCACCGUCAACUCCAAGGAUGCCAUCCUCAGAGCCGGCUUCUCCUCUCCGUUAGAUUACCAGUCGGUCACGCUGCAGCCCAUCGCCAACAAGCUGCCGUCCUUCCAGAGCCAGUUCCAAACGUUCCCCGAGACGACCGUCAUCCCGGAGACGGGCCUGCCGAGCGUCACGCCCGUGCCCGUCACCACCAGCCCCACGCCGAGCGCGAGUCCUAGUCAUAUAACGCAACUCACGCAGCUCACUACGCCGUCGUCUCCCGCGCAUCUGACGACCCUCGCGCAGGUGACGCCGCUGUCAACAACCCUGACGACUUUAUCGCCCGUCAACGCCACGACGUUCCACACGCUGACGGCGGUCAACGCCAGGAGCUACCCGAUCGUGCCUGCCCCGCUGCAAGCGAGGGAGCUCACGCCCGCCGGCCAGACCUACAUCGACGACCGGCACAUACAGCUGUAUCAACCAAACAUCGCAACUAUCAACGCAUUCCCAGCGCAAAACGGGAUCCUUCACCAAAAUGGAACAAUCUUACACCAAAAUGGAAGCUUAAUACAGAACAUCCAGAGUCCGACCGUCGUUCAUGUGCUGAAGAACGAGCCUUUCGACGUUAAAUCUUUACAAGAUAAAUAUACCCCGAAUGGACUACAUCAUAGUAAUUUCCAAAAUCCAAUGCUAUUAGACAACGGUUAUGAAAAGAAGACGAACGGCUUCGGAAGUGGUUCGUCGCCAACGAGGUCAGACUUCAGAAAGAAGGAGAGACGGAAAAUGCGUGCGAAUAGUUCGGAGUCGGAUGGCUCUAAUAUGGACAUCGGGUCUGAGAGCAGCGGGCAGGUGGCAGCCGUGUCGUCCACCGCCGGCUUCAAGUCCCCGAUGCAUGGUGCCCCUCAGAUGACCACUGGGCCCAUGGAGCUAGAUGACAUUUCCAGCGAAAAACAGACGAAGAAGAAACGGAAGCGCUGCGGCGAAUGCAUCGGCUGCCAGCGCAAAGACAACUGCGGCGACUGCGCACCGUGUCGCAAUGACAAGUCGCACCAAAUCUGCAAGCAGCGCCGGUGCGAGAAGCUGACUGAGAAGAAGCUUAUUUUGGCGCCGGACGGCACGCUGCAGACGGUCAAGAGCGAGUCGCGGCGCGGCCGAGGCAGGGGGCGCUCCGCUACCACUCCCGUGAGUAUAUCACUUAACUUUUCUACCUUUUUCUUUGUUUCUCUCAUCUUUUACGUACCAUCAUGUUUGCGGUGA